GCGCUCAGCCGAUACCCUCGGUGUGCCGCGCGCUGCUCGCUUGCCUUUGAAGCGCAGUGACUCUCCGCCCCUUGCAGCGGCUUUGCACAUACGGGGCGGUGCGACAGGGACUCUAACGAGCCGGCUAAGCUAUUGGCGUCUGCGACGGGACUGAUAUGCAAUUUACGAGACGAGAGGCUUCAGGCGGGCCCGCUACACGAUGGACAAAGUUUAGUACCGAGUGAUCCCACAACUGUAUCACGUGGUGUUUACUGGAACGAACAAAUCGAGUGCCUCCGUCAUGACAGGAAGUUUUUGGAGUUGAGCUUUCCGUGUGUCCCGGAGCUGCGGUACCCACUUCUGGCUGACCCACGGUGGGACAAGGUCCAGGAUGUCAUCAACACUCAACGGCGGCGACGUCAGUGGCCCGAAGGGAGACCUUGAAACCUUGGCGAGGCUUGAAUUAGGAGAAACGCCGGAAGUAAAGAAAAACUCGCUGACCCAGUUACGCAAGCUUCUUGAAGAAGAUGACAAGCUUCGAGUUCCCCCAGAGGACAAUUUCCUCCUCGUGUUUCUGCGUACUCGGAAAUACAAAGUGCAGAACGCUGCGGAAACCAUCAGGAGGUACUUCCGCGCACGCAAAAACAUGUCCGAGUAUUUUGAGGAGCUCACGACGUCCAGCUCCUUGUACCGGACAGUCUUCCGCGACCACAAGCUAAUAAUGUAUGCGAAUGAAAGAGACCCGCAGGGGAGAGUGACGUCCGUUACUAAAUACGGUGCUUGGAGCUCGGGCAUUUGUUCCAUUGCUGAGCUACUUCGGUGCGGUCUGUGGGCCAUGGAAUGCCACCUUCUCGAAGAAGAGACACAGAUACGGGGAUUCGUGGCCAUGAUAGAUCUCAAGGGCUUCGGCGCUGAACACCUGAUGCAGCUAACGCCGUGGUUCGUCGGAAGGCUUAUUUCAAUAGCGCAGGACUCCCUUCCGGUACGGCUGAAAGGCAUCUACUUUGUAAACACGCCAGCUGUGUUUCAAGUCGUCUAUACCAUUGCGAAACCAUUCCUAUCGGCGAAACUGAAAAGCAGGCUGCACUUCAUUGGGACUGACUUGUCGGAACUCUGUGGAGUCGUCCCUUCUGAAUUGCUACCGGAGGAUUUCGGCGGGACAAUGAACGACUUCGACUGCGACAGACAAGAGAGCUUCUUCAAUAAGAAAGCGAGCUACUUUGACAUGAUACGCCAGUUUGGUUACCAAACUUAACGAAUUCAAGCAGCUUGAAUUCAUCUUAAGCAAUUCAAGCAGCUUGAAUUCAUCUUAACGAACGAAUUCAAGCUUGGCAGCUUGAAUUCAUCCGAAUUCAAGCUGCCAACUUCAUCUCCUCGGAGCACACGACACUGCCACUUACCGAUGGGAAACCCAGCUAUACAGAUACCGUAUUCUGAUCCUAGUCAGGGUGCAAAGCUGAACUCUUUGGUUUCCUGCUCACGUGAUCGACCUAGAAUUAUUUGUAUAUAACUAUCUUCUGUUUGUUUCAAUCUGUGAUUGAUUGAUUGAUUGAUUGAUUGAUUGAUUGAUUGAUUUAUUGAUUUAUUGAUUGAUUGAUUGAUUGAUUGAUUGCAGUAAAAGAGUAGGCCUUUUCGUC